CAUGAACGAGCCCGGACCAAUCCACACACAGCCCUAUCGAAGCACUCGGUUCCUCCACCGAGAUAGGGAGGAAAAAAAGACAGAAAAGGGAACCAUGACUCCGAGCAUCUGAAGAACAAAUAAAAUACGGAGAAUCGAACACAUUGUGGAUCUUGUACCUGGUUAAUGUUUCAUAUUUGAAGCGGGAAGACUGGAAUAAUAUGCAGUGGAGAGAGGCGGAAUGGAUACGGCAAUGGCCCGAACAUAUUGAAUAGCUUGCGACGCGCAAAGGAAAGACAUUAUACUUUAUCGAACCUUCCUCAUCUUGACGGGCUUAUUUAAUGGCUUCAAUCCUCGCCGUCACCGACCCUUGUCUUUUCCGUACCACUGCUGAGGUCGAAUCACGGUGGAUCGCGUGAGCCUCUAUAUGCCAAACACGGGAACGACCAUUAUUCGGCCUCGAAAUCAAAAGACAGCCACCUGAUCUGAUCCAACGCCGUCGAUUUUCGCUGAGGGAAAACAUGGAUUUUAACGGGAGCGGUGGGGGAAAUGAACUGCACAACAAUCAGUUUUAUCCGUUCGAAGAGAGUAAGCCUCUACUGGGGGAAAUGUCCGCGCCGCAGCCGGAGGGGAAUAAUAAUCACAAAGCGGGGCCCUGCAGCAAGAGGAGCCUUUUACACAGCAGCAGCGGCAUGAGAUACAAAUUGCUCCAGGAGGGAGACAUCCAGGUGUGCGUGGUCAAACAUCCGCGGACCUUCCUCAGUAAAAUCCUUACCUCCAAAUUUUUACGGAGGUGGGAGCCGCACCACCUCACCUUGACGGACAGCAGCCUGGUCUCUGCCACGCCCACAGGAUACAUGGAGGCCCCUCUGUCUUACAGCACUAUUGAGGACCUGCAGCUGUUGUCCUGGGACAAUGCCCCCAAAUACUGUGUCCAGCUAAGCUUCCCUGGAGGGACAGUCCUCCUGCAGGCUGCUAACAGCUAUCUGCGGGACCAGUGGUUUCACUCUAUACAGUGGAAGAAAAAGAUCUACAAGUACCGCAAGGUUCUGAAUAACCCAAGCCGCUGGGAUGUGGUUCUGAAGGAGAUCAGGGCCCUGGUGGACAUGGCCCUCACUUCACCCCUGCAGGACGAAUCCAUCCAUCAGGCACCACUGCACAUUAUCUCCACCCUGCUUGCUGAGAACACUAACCUCAGCGCUCAGGACCAUGAGAACAUCAUUGUGGCCAUCGCACCCCUGCUGGAGAAUAACCACCCUCCUCCUGACCUGUGUGAAUUCUUCUGCAAGCACUGUAGGGAGCGUCCUCGGUCGAUGGUGGUGAUUGAAGUGUUCACUCCUGUGGUUCAGAGAAUCCUCAAACACAACAUGGACUUUGGGAAAUGCCCCAGACUCCGUCUCUUUACUCAGGAGUAUAUUUUGGCUCUGAAUGAACUUAACGCUGGCAUGGAAGUGGUCAAGAAGUUCAUUCACAGCAUGCACGGUCCCACCGGACAGUGCCCUCAUCCUCGGGUUCUCCCCAAUCUCGUGGCGGUGUGCCUUGCUGCCAUCUACUCUUGCUACGAAGAGUUCAUCAACAGUCGGGACAACUCUCCCAGUCUCAAGGAAAUCCGAAACGGUUGUCAGCAGCAAAGCGAGAGGAAACCGCCCAUGCCUCUGCGGCUGCUGCGGCCCGAGCCGCCCACGCCACCCCUGACCACCACCCUGUCUCCACCCCCGGCCCUGCCCCUCUCACCCCCACCUUCCAUCGUCAAUUCCAGCGAGAUCCUAGUGGAGCUGGAACGCAACAACAACACCGCUAACACACUGCGCAAGGCCCCUGCAGAGGGCGACAGCGAGCCCAACCUGAUCGACUGUCUACUGGUCAGCCCCGCGCUCAACGCCCUGUCCAUUCAGCUGCCUGUCCACGCCGACAGAGUGCUGGGCUGUUUCGCCCUCAUCCUCAAGAUGCUAUCGGACUACGAUGACUGGAGACCAGCACUGGCCAGCCUGCUUCAACCCAUCCCCUUCCCGAAAGAGGCCCUUGCACAUGCCAAAUUUACAAAAGAGCUGAAAUAUGUCAUUCAGAGGUUUGCUGAAGAUCCCAGACAAGAGGUCCACUCCUGUUUGCUCAGCGUGCGCUCUGGAAAAGACGGGUGGUUCCAGCUGUACAGUCCAGGAGGCGUAGCUUGCGACGAUGACGGGGAGUUGUUUGCUAGCAUGGUCCACAUCCUCAUGGGCUCCUGCUAUAAGACGAAGAAAUUUCUACUGUCGCUGGCUGAAAAUAAACUGGGACCCUGCAUGCUCCUGGCCCUGCGGGGGAACCAGACCAUGGUGGAGAUCCUGUGUUUGAUGCUGGAGUAUAACAUCAUAGAGAACAAGGACACUCAGCUACAAAUCAUCUCCACCCUGGAGAGCACCCAGGUCGGCCUGCGCAUGUAUGAGCAGCUGUGCGACAGGCAGAGGGAACUUAAAGAACUGCAAAGAAAAGGAGGCCCUACUCGACUCACUCUGCCCUCUAAAUCUACGGAUGCUGACUUGGCUCGUCUGCUGAGCUCUGGUUCCUUUGGCAAUCUGGAGAACCUCAGCUUGGCGUUUACCAACGUCACCAGUGCCUGUGCCGAACAGCUCAUCAAACUGCCAUCCCUCAAACAGCUCAACCUGUGGUCCACCCAGUUUGGAGAUGCAGGGCUCCGUCUGCUAUCAGAGCAUCUGGCCUGUCUGCAGGUUUUGAACUUGUGUGAGACUCCAGUCACAGACGCUGGCCUGCUCUCCCUCAGCUCUAUGAAAAGCCUGUGCAGCCUGAAUAUGAACAGUACUAAACUCACAGCGGACACCUAUGAGGACCUGAAGGCCAAACUACCCAAUCUAAAGGAAGUGGAUGUUCGCUACACAGAGGCGUGGUGAACACAAUGCUCGAGGAGAUUUAUAGACAGAGGAAAUCGCUGACACAUCAUCCGAACACAACAUAAUCAAGAAACGAGGACUGUAUUUAUAGGAACCAUCGUUCAAACGACAAGGACCUUCUGAAAAUAUCAUAAACGUUUAAGAAUCGUCUAGUGUCUCAUCCGAAUACAAGGACGCUCUUUGCAGCGGCAUCAAAAUGCAAGAAUAUGUCCCAUGACAUCAUCAGACAGCACAGGAACCUUUCUAAUGACAUCACCUGGGGACUUUUUCUCGCCUUUGUCUGAAACCCCCUCAGAGGAACCUUGUCCCUCGUUUUAACCUGUAACUGGCGUCCCUUUUUUGUCCCCAUAGAAAACACAGUUGAUUUCUCCCUUUCUCCUUGAACCACCUGGAGCCAAUUCCCCUGUGGUACCAGCGUCUGGUGAAGGCCUGAAUAUUCAGAGCCACAUUCCAGUACAGUUUUGAUAUCACCUCCUGUGUGGAAAGCCAUUUUCCACAUUGUUUUUUUUUUUUUUUUUGUUCUUGUUACAUGUGUGCUUGGUCCUCUCGGUUCAGAGUCUGUCAUUUUUGCAUCCUCACAGAGAUUUCUUGUGUAAAAUGUGUCUGUUAACAAUGUUCACUUCUUGACAUGUUCAUCUCUAUAUCUCUAUCGCUCUGAAAAUCAUUUUUUAUCAACUUGAAUAAGCAUAUUUUUCCAUACACUGCUUUCAUAUAUAUGUGUGUUUGUAAAGAAAAUCGACGUAUCCCCAUUUUUAAUGCAAACAUUUCAGGGGCUUCGCUCAAGAAAAAAGAAAAAAAAAAGAAAAAAAGAAAAAGACGUUUUCGUUUGUCAUUUCCUUUUUCUUCUCUCUUCUUUUUUAGCCACAUUGUACAGUGUAAUUUUAAUUUCACACCCAUAUUUAAAAGAACGUCGUCCAGGAAGUAGUCUGGGACUACUUUGUAUUUAUGAGCCCCCCCACACAUUUCUGGUCCUUUUUCUUUUAUUAAGUACUUUUGUCAAACAUACUGAACCAAGAUGGUGCCUAAAACAUUUUCUGUAAAAGAUUGCGUCACCUAGCAACUCUGAGGAAAGUCAGCUAAGUUGUACAUAGAUACAUUAUGGACUUUUAAAUGGAUUAAUAGGCUUUAUUAUUCUCUGUAAACAUUGCCUCUAUUGGUCGAUAGGAGUCCACCGAGAGUGUCCUGCCACAACGGUUGACCAUGUUCCUCAUAUUUAUAUCAAAUCGAGCCAAGAUUUGUGCGAUGUUAUGCAGUUUAACCUUUUUAUAUUUCAUUUUCUCGCUUUUUUUUUUAUCGUCUCUCUGAACGUAUAGUUUAUGACCACUGUAAUGUUACAGUCAAUAUCUUGACUUGUAGAGAAAUGAGACAGAUCUUGUAGAAAAAAAAUAUCUCAUUAAGACGGUCAGAAAUAAAACAAUCAAUUUGACGUCUUAUCUUAAAUCGAGUUUUUCUUAUGUUUACAAAGGUGUAUCUGUCUCCACUCCCACUUUAAACUAUAUUUAGAUAGAGUCGCUGCCCCGUCCAUGUGGCCGGUCUUGAAAGUAGCAGUUUUUUGUAGGUCCAGCUUGUGUGUGUGCAUUCGAUUUCACACAGAUGUAGAUGCCGUCCAGAUGGGGGGCGUUCAGUACUGGGUGCCAUAACUGGGCACCUGCCAUCUUGCAUAGUUGCAUACUGUAUAAUGUACAUAUGAGUGUAUAUAAUUUCCAAUUUCUCUUUCUCUCAUGUUUUUGGGAGACUCUUUGUUGCCUUCACUUUUUGAGAUGCGUGCAUACGGUCACCCAAUUUUGUUCUCUUUCCCGCCCCCAGACCAAGUGCACUGUCUUUGUGUUCAGGUCUUUUUUUGUUUGUUUGUUUUUUGACUGUAUAAGUUUAAUCCAUUUUUGUUGCCUGUUUUGUAUCUUUUCUGUUUGUUUAAUUCUCUUUUUGCAUGUUGCAUUUUGAUCAUACAGAUUUAAAUAUAAAGGGUAAAAGCACUAGCCCCCUUCAACCACUUACCAUAUGGAUCAAUACUUGUUUCUAAAAGUGAAAGAUGGACAGAGUUUUCGUGCAUGGAGCAAACGGAUGGAUUAUAUUGGGAAUGUGUGUUAUUAAGGUGCGUUCGUGAGUGGAUAGAAACUGUGCCAUUCUGUACACUGUUGAAACUCAAGCCGUGGUAAUGUGACUGACACUUUGUAAUGGUCUUCAGUCCUAACAGUGGACCAUUUUUCUCUGUGCGGGGAAGGAUUAAAGGGGGCUGGGUUUCCCCCAGCCUUCAUUUUGUUAAAAAAUUAUUUAAAAAGAAAAAAAGCCAUCUCUUCGAAACAAUGGCUCAUCUAUUGGGGUGGAAAUCCAGUUUAUACUUCAGUCAACUGUUUCCUGAUUAAUUUGUAAUAUCCUGUGGAGCUCACUGUGCUAUUUGUGUUUCCAAUGUCUCCUUAUCAACAUAUAAUGUCUCAUUAAUUUCAGCUUUUUUUUUUUUUUUUCUUUGAAAAGCGCUUUUUGCUAUGUUGAAUUGAGACUGAGUCUUAAUCUGAUGUGGGUGGGGUCCCCACGGCCCCUGAAGCACAGGCGUGUACAUACAGAAUGAACUACAUUACCCAUGACUCCUGGAGUUUUUGCAGAUAGAACUGCUGCCCUUAUUUCUUUCUUCUGUGUUUUUCUGCUUCUAUCUACAGCUGGGUUGCUGCUGCUGCUGCUCUGUGGCUGUUGUAAUGAAAACACACAACCUUCAACAGGAAAAUAAGCCUAAUAUGUGAACCAGUUUCAAUCAAAAUAAACUGUCUGUGAAUAUGUUUCAAAUAGAAA